CUGGAUCCGGACGCCUGGUUGUAUCAUUUACAGCUCUAACGGCGACAGGCAGACCUCGGAGCCUCCUAGUUUGGAGAAGAAAGAUCCAAAUCCCAGGCGUUUUGAGAGAGAGAGAGGCUCAAUCCCAGACGGAAGCCAUGGUUGAAUCCAAGCCCUAAUUUCCACACGGCUCUACAGAAGAAGAGAGGGAAAGAAGCCGAAGAUGGAAGAGCUCGCGGCAGAGGUAAGGGACCUCAACAUCUCCGGUUCCGGCGCCGCUCCGCCUCCUCCUUCGGGUGGGAGCUCCCUCUCCGGUCUCUGCUACGACGCCGACUCCCUCCAAGAGCUCGCCCGCCAGGGCUCAUGGCGGUCCCUUCUGGAGAAGAUCGACCGCGCCCGCAAACUCUCCCUCCUUAAGGCCCCCCACGAGCAUCUCGCUUACCACGCCUUCUCCGUCCUUGCCCUCGCCAAGAUCAGGAAGUUCCAAGAGGCGUUCGACGAGAUCGACGGCCUCGGCGACCUCAACGCGGAGAAAUACCGGUACGAGGCGUACCCGGAGCAUUACCAUGGCAAGUCGGGGUCAAUGGUCCCCUUCAGCCUCCGCUGGCUGCACGCCCAGUUGCCGGAGAGGUUGGGGAAUAGGCAGGAGACCGUCGAUAGAUUGUAUUUGUUGCUCGAUUUCGUCAGGAAGAAAUUGAAAUCUUUCUCCGAUCGGGUUGAAUUGUCUGCUAAAUCGUGUUCCGUAGGCGGUUCUCAUGGAGAGGCGGUGAUUUCAGAAUCCGAUGGGGCGACGGGUGGAAGGAUCGGAUUGUCGGGAAAGUCUUUGGAUGUUGGAGAUGGCGCUGAUGAACCUAAGGUCUCUGGAUCCGAUGGCGGAAUUAUUGAGGACUUGUCGCCUGGCGUGAAUCAGGAGGCUCCGGAAGCAAGUAAAAAUACCGGUGUUUUUCCGUCGGAAAUGGCCGCUGAAUCACACGGCGAAUCGACCUCUGCAGGCGAUGAAUUUGGGGAAUGGAAAUCUGCUGUUGCUGACGAGAGCAUUGACGCGGCCACAGUUUGUCGACAACUGUGGCAAAGAAGAGAGACGAUUGUGAUUAGCACGAUUAUUAGCCACCAUUUAAGCCAGAAAGAAUUCGACGCCUGCAUAGCAUUGCUUCAUCACUUGUUGCGGCAGAACCCUUCUGAUCCCGUGCUGCUUGCCAAGGUCGGUUAUGUGCAAAUGCAGCUUGGCGACUUGAAUGGCGCCACGGCAACAUUUGCUCAUAUCGAGAGCUUGUCGAAAUCUGGUUCUUCUAACCAGUUAAUGGACGAGAUGAAGCUCAAGAAUCUUGUUAAUCGAAAUAGGGCACUAAUGUAUUUGGUUGCGAAGGAUUAUGCUUCUGCAAUCAGGGAGUACGAGGAAGCCAUAGAAAGAGAUCCCACGGACAUGAUUGCAAUCAAUAACAAGGCGUUGUGUCUAAUGUAUUCAAGGGAUCUCUCUGACUCUAUCAAAGUAUUGGAGAGUGCACUGGAAAGAAUGCCAUCAGUUGCUUUAGACGAGACUGUCGUCGUCAACCUCUGCAGUAUGUAUGAAUUGGCGUACGUGAAUCAUUCUGAGAUAAAAAAGACUCUCAGUAAUUGGAUUGCUAGAGUUGCACCUGAUGAUUUUGAUUCUUCAUGUAUAAGAAUGUGAUUUUGUUUCUCCUGUUCAAGUUAAUUUUUUUUUUGUGGCAAUUGUAUUUUGUUGGGGGAUUUUGGUAUAACCUCUCUUACCUACAGUAAUGGCUCAAUGGCAUUUUUUCUUAUGUUCA